UCUACCCUCAGCACCACCGUCAAUAGCGCUAUCAACGUUUCCAAGACCAGUCUAGCGGCAGCAAUUCAGCAGUUGAACAACACGAUCAACACCGCCGAUCAGUCCGUUCAUACAGCAUGGACCCAAUUCACCCAGAACGUGGCUGCUCUGUACACGACGUACUACAACCGCUUCCAGAACUACACUUCCACCGAUUUGAGUGGCCUCAGUUAUGCCAUCGCCAAUAUGCAAAACAACCUGAGCCCUGCACAGCCAAUUCAAGAUUGGUCCACCACUCAGAUUUUCACCGAUGUGCAAGCAAGCGCUCUGCAGGUCGAGACUGCUCUUAAUACAGCCGUUCAAACCAUGAGCAACUCCUGUGCACCUCCCUGUGCCAACCCCACCAAGGUCGCCACCUGUACCACUAAAUUCGGACCUAAGCUAUCAGCUUCUCCGAUCACUAUCGAUCGUCUGACUGACUGUGUGACCGCUGAACUGGCCCGCUACUCCGAUAUUGGUGCCAACAUGGCUUCACAAUACACCAACGUGCUGACCAGUGCUGUGAACUACCUCAAGGUGGUGGACGUAUGCGACACUCCACCAGCGGAUGUUCUGAACAACCCAUCUGUGUAUUACUCACCAUCCAUUCAAUGCCUAUCGAAUUACAUCCAAAGAAUCAGCAGCAUGCCACUCAACGUCUACACAGUCGACAGCAUGCGUUAUCCCCAGACGUACUUGGUGCAACAACGGGUACAACGCUGUGCCAAGCUGGUUGAACUGGACAUCAAGGAUCGCAUCACCAAGGUGGUGGAAAGCUUCCAGAACUGCUUGUAAACCGAAAGGCGUGGCAAUCAGCAGGUGACAGAAUGAUUUGAAUUUCGAAAAGUCGUUGAACCGUUAACUUAAUGUGAGCGACGUGGUGAUUUUUUCGAAAGGCUAAUAAAAUUAUUAUUUGUAGUAAAUUUUA